AUGAGAAAUACCUAUUAGACAGUCGAAUAUCACAAGGGGGUCUGCCUGUUCGUAGACCCCGUACUCACGUAUCCUCGGCAGAGCCUUAUGCCGACUUUCAAUCAGCAAACUAGAUACAAUAUGGUAGGCAGGAACGAUAACCUAGUGUUUGAGAUCUAAGCUGCUACAAGACACUUAAAAAAGUAUCUGAGGCCAAGAUAGACAUAGCACAACCGAAAUAUUGUCUUUCGCACACAUACACACACAAUCUUCCAAGUCCCAAAAAAGAACCUACCACCAUGCCUUCAGUCCUUCUCCUCAAUGGACCCAAUCUAAACCUCCUCGGAACCCGAGAGCCAAAAAUAUAUGGUACGACAACUCUGCAAGAUGUCGAGAGGUUCGCAAGGGAAUUCGGCGAACGCAAUAAUGUCCAAGUGGAAGCGUUUCAAUCAAACCACGAAGGCCAUAUAAUUGAUCGAAUUCAUGCCGCUCGAAACAACUCUGAUGCGAUUAUUAUCAACCCGGGAGCGUUCACCCACACGAGCGUAGCGAUUCGUGAUGCACUGCUGGGCGUGGCUAUUCCCUUCAUUGAGGUCCAUAUCUCAAAUAUCCAUGCUCGAGAGCAGUUUCGACACCAUAGCUAUUUUUCGGAUCAAGCUGUUGCUUGUAUAAUCGGCCUGGGGGCUUUUGGAUACGAGGUGGCGUUGAAAUAUGCGGUCAGGAAUCUUGUUAAUCGAAACCAGAGCGUUUUGUAAGAGAAGAGAUAUGAAUGCAGCGUUUCUUGGUUGUUUUCUGUGAUGUGCACUGUUUGGUGAGAGAGUCUAUAGAAAAGCAUGCGAAAUGAUUCUGUCGUCGUGCCUAAUCGCUGUAUCCCAGUCAAACUCCUGUGUGUAAGCUGGAAU